AUGAUAGUGUGUACGCACACAGCUCUAAAGAAGCCCAGGAAAUCAUUGGAAGAGUGGAAAGAGGUCAUCACCAUUCCUCAGCGAUGGUUUGGUGGAGAUUUUGCUUUGAUGGCAGCACAAAACUCCAUUUUUGUGAAAAAGCACAGGAUUCCGCUCCAGCUCACAAGGCCAGGUCAACUCAGCAGUGCCUGUAAAAGAACAUUCCAGAGUUCAACUCUGCCUUGGAUUGUCCCUCAGGAAGCCCUGAUGUCCAUCCACUAA